AUGAAAAGAUUCCUUAAGUUAAAUUUGGACAUUAACAAAAAGAUUUCAUACGAAUAAUCACAUAGAAAGUGCUUUUUUUAAAGGGAUUAUGUUAGAAUGGAAUGGAUGAGAUAAAAGUUACCUAAAUCACAAUAAGAGUUUGACAUUGUUUAAUAGGUCAUUAUGUAAAAUAAAAAGAAUGUAAAAAAAACAUAUAUUAUCAUGAUGCAUGAGAAUAUCAUGAUGAGAUAAAAAAAAGAUGUAUUUCAUCAUAUAUAUUUAGGGAUCUUUGUGUUGGAUUGACUAUGAAAAUUCCAUUUUAGAUUCUAUAAAUGACCCAUAAUUUGGAGAAGGCAUUAAACUAACUAAAUGCUUUGACGAAAUUGAAAUAUAUGGAGAAUUAGAUAAAAUGUUACCAAUAUUUAAGAAAUACACUAUCCAAUUAGAAUUCACUUAAUAAUAUCAUUUUUUAAAGAAGAUUAAUUCUUUUGAUAAAACUGAGGUAAACUAAUUAUCAUUUAAUAAUUAGGUUUUUAGAAUAAGGUCUAAAACAGAUAGAAAUGAUUAUUAAUGCAAAAUUUUUUAUAAAAAAGCACUCAAUCUUACCAUGGAAAAAUAAAUAGAAAAAGAAUUAUAUAUAUUAAGAAGAAUAAAUGAUGAAUAUAUUCAAAAAUAUUUUGAAACCUUUGAAAAUUAAGAGUAAAUAAUUAUAGUAGAGGAAUUAAUUAUAGGUGGAAAUUUUGAUUCUUAUUUAUAAAAAUGGCCAUUAUUGUCAGAGGAAAAAGCAUCCAAAUUUUUUUUUAAAUUAUUUAAAAGUUUAGCAUAUCUUCAUUCCAAAGGGAUAAUGCAUAGAGAUUUAAAACCAGAAAAUAUUGGGCUUAGAUUAAAUGGAAAUCUUGAGAAUCCUUGUAUUUGUUUUUUUGGAUUAGCUGAUAUUGUUAGUCUAGAAAAUGAAUCAGAUGAAGAAGAUGAAACACCUAGAUAUUUAUUUUAAAGAUGUGGAACUCCAGGAUUUGUAGCCCCAGAAAUUUUGAAGAACUAAUAAUAUGAUUGCAAGGUUGAUAUCUAUAGUUUGGGAAUUAUGAUGUAUUAUUCAUUAACUGGAAAAAAGCCUUUCGAUUCAGAAGAUUAUUAAUAAUUAUUAGAGAAAAAUGAGGAAGGAUAUGUAGAUAUAUCAAUUUUAAAAUUAAGUAAAGAAGGCCUAAUGUUAAUUGAAAAAAUUCUCAAACCUGAACCAGAUGAAAGAAUUACAGCUUAAGCAGCUUUGAAUCAUAUUUGGUUUAAGACAGAGAAGCUAUCAAAAUUGAUGGAAUUUAAGGCUCACAAAAAUAUCAAAAAAAUUUAAUUUAAAAGUCCAUAACAUCGUAAAAGUAUGUAAAAUUCUCCUAAAUUAUUACCAAUUGUACUUUCGAAAUAAAGUAUGGAUUAAACUUGUGGUAGUCCUGCAUAGCAUUAAUUUUCGAAUCCACAUAGAAAUUCUACUAAUUAUCAUAAUCAUUCAAUUUUUCGUAUUACUACAUUGAAUGGUAGUUUUAGUCCAAAAGAAGUUUAAUCUUUUUCUUAAUCAUUAUAUAAUAAUACUUAAAAGGUAAGACCAAGUGGAAUUUCACCUUCAUUUUUUGCUAAGACUUAAAGACCAUCAUAAUCGAUAUCUAUUUUAAUGCCAAAUAUGUUUCCUAAGAAAUUAGAAUAUAAAUGA